CGGUCCUUUAACAACCGCAUAUACAUCCAGAAGAAGAAGAAGAGCAAACCGGAUGUAAACAAGUUACUCUGAAUUAUUGUUCUAACGCGGGUUUAUAUUAGUCUGAACUAUUAAAGUUAGCACGGGUUUAAAUAAGUCUGAACUCUUGUUAGCGCGGGUUCACGUUAAAUUAGUUGCUCUACGUGUGUUUGUGAAGUUAACUGUUAGCCUUUAGCCGACUGCAGCUAACAACAUGGAUGACAACAAGAUGGUCGCCGGUAAAGUGAAGAAACCGGGGAAGCGUGGUCGUAAACCUGCGAAGAUCGACCUGAAGGCCAAACUGGAGCGGAGCCGCCAGAGCGCCAGAGAGUGUCGGGCGAGGAAGAAGCUGAGGUACCAGUACCUGGAGGAGCUGGUUUCCAGUAAGGAGCGAGCGAUCUGCGCCCUGAGGGAGGAGCUGGAGAUGUACAAACAGUGGUGUUCGGCCAUGGACCAGGGGAAGAUCCCGUCAGAGAUCAAAGCUCUGUUGACCGGGGACGAGCAGAAAACGCCUCAGAGCGCCGGCGGCACCAAGACGUCCAAGAACAGCAAGAACAACAAGAACAGCGUGGGCAGCAACAGUCAGGGCUAGCCCCGCCUCGGAGGGAGGCCACAGACUGACGAGAGAAACGGCUGCUGUCAAUCAUCCUCAACAUACAUGUCAACGUUCACACUAACACACAGGAAGUGGCAGAUUCACGGCUUUUUUCUUUUCCGCCAGUUUCUUGUUUCAUGACGAACUUGAAGCUGCGUUCCAGUUCCUGAUUCGAGAAACGUCUCUAACAGGUCAGAGGUCAGUUCUUCAUCAGGGCGCCGCAGCUCAGGGCGGUCACGUGACUUAAGAAAGUAAAACUUUCUUAACAUCACGUUUUCUGAGGAGUUAUUUUUGUGAUUUGUAAAAGGCACAUUUUUCUGUGGGACAGAUUUAAAUAAUGUGAGAUAAUGUUGGACAGUUUGAAGGUCGACAACAGAUCAGCUGAGGUUUUUUAUUUUCAAUUAAAAGGUUUUGUAAAGAAAAAGUAAAUAAUCUAUCGGCACUUUGUAAAAUUAAGAAUCACCACAGAGCUCAUUACAAAUAUCAAUGGUUUUAACGUGUUCGUCCACGUUUCUCCAGAAAUUAAAGUUAAACAUUUGUGAAGUUUUUAUAAACUGCUUCUGGAAUCCUGAGUCACAUGACUGAGGACGGAGAGGGAACAGGAGACGACAGACGCUCUGAUGAAGCUGAUUAAAUCUUAACGUGAAUGUGGCUUUAAUUUUUUAUCUUUGUUCUACGAACGUGGCCUCAGAGGUCAGAGGUCAGAUGGCAGGAUGUGGACAGUGUGAGAUAUAUUUUUGUAUUUGAGUGUUUUCGUGAAGGAAAAGUUGGAUUUUCUGCUUCUGAGUAAAAUGAUAAAAAUCGAGAAGUAGUUUCACCUGCAGCUUUUUAUUCUUUCAUAUUUUCAGUUCACUUUGUUUCUUUCUCUUCGCUUGUGUCUGAUAGUUAGAAUUAAUAACAUCAAUGUUUACUGCUGAUUUUAUUUCGGACCAACAAGUUUGAAGUGUUAUUUUGUCCUUUGCUAAAGUUUUGCACUUUCUUCACUUUCUUCAGACGCACUUUGAACUUUGCUCAUUUUGUUUCCCAUGAAAAUAAACGUGUGUUUGACUGAGA